CAAACCUUCGCAAGUGGAUACAAAAAUAUUUUACUAUAUAUAAAGACAAGUUUGGGGAAAGACUUUGCCAGAUCCCAUAGCUAUCGGCCGGUAUGUUAGACCUAGUGCACCUAGUAUUUCUGGAUUACUAUUACAAACCUUCGCAAGUGGGAAGAUAGAACUAGCAUACCAUUAUCGACUUUCAUUGAGUAUGGACAACUGUUAUAUUUGACUUCUUGGCGAAGGAGUCCACGGUUAUCACCAAAGCCUUUACUUUAUACUUAAUUUUAAUAUUUAAUCAUCUAAUUGAUAUUUUUGUGAACUUGUAUUGUUCACACUCUUUGGCUCUACUUAUAAAUUAUCCAGUAAUAGAUCUUUCACAAUCAAAUCUACCUAUACAGUCCACCCUAUGCCUUGACACAAUGUAUCCCAGGUUGGCUACCUUUCCCUCGUGAAAUCUUAGGAGACUCUGCAGCCUAUAGGCAUUCAGAAGAUUUCCAAUUCACCCGCUUGGACCUAAAAACAACUUACUAAAGGUCUUCCAAUUCUGCUUUUCUUGGAUCUUAUUGUGGGGUAUCCACCUUUUUCGCUAUUCUUUCUUUUAUCUUCCUAAUUCUUCGGGCUAUCUCUCAAGGUACGAAGCCACACCAAUUAGUCAUUCAUGGAAAGCUCCCAAGCAUAUGUAUUUGACAUGACAAUUUACAGAAUUUAUGGAAAAGGGCCAAAACUGCCCCUAAUCUAUUGGACAAGGUCUAAAAUGCCCUCCAUUCACCUAUUAGACUCUCAAAAUAUCCUCACUUUUAUCUUCUAGUUCAGAUAGAACCCAAGAUAAGUAAAAAAAGGUCCAAAUAUGCCCUUCGCACUAACAGUGGAAGCCAUGUGGAGUAUAUUUAGACCUUUUAGUUGCUUAGAGGUAUAUAUUUGGACCAUCUCAAUUGUUUAGGGAUAUGCUUGAAAUUAUUACAUGUGUAGCUCAGUACGUUUUAUCUUUCCGAUAAAGAUGCAUGUGUAUGCAUAGUCUAGAUAUCUCCUUUGACGAGAAAACAAAGAGAACUAAAUUAAAAUAUUAUUCAAGAAAAUAAAACACAUGAAGCUAAUAAAACAAAGAUUAAUUUUAUUUGAAGAUUGGAAAAAACUAUUUCUGACAAUUCAGUCGUUGUGUAAGCAAAUGACUAGUACUAGAAAUACUCAUACCAGAGAGAGAAAUAAUAAACAAGGGGAAGCGAUAAAUUUAGUUAGAAGGCAACAAAACUUACCAACAUGUGAUAACUUUGGACUGUGCUUUAGCUCUUUUAGACUUAUAGUUAAUUAAAACCAUUUUGGUCGAUGAUUUUAUCCCAGAUUGUAUUACUUUAAUCUCGUCAGAGACAAUUCACUUCUACAGAGAUAUGAUAUACUAAUAUUAUCUUGUUAGCCUAUACUUCUUUAUAUUUCUCAAUAGUUGUCUUAUGCAAAGUGAGUAAAGUAUACAUAUUCAGCAACAAAUAUAAUAAUUUGAAGCAUACCCUUAAACAAUUGAAAUCCAAAUAUACCCUAAGCAAUUACAAAGGUCCAAAUAUAUCCCACCAUGGCUUCCGCUGCAAGUGCAAGGGGGCAUAUUUGGAACUUUUUAAUUGUACAGGGAUAUAUUUAUACCAAAAAGAUAACAGUGAGAGUAUUUGCAGCCCAAUAGGUGAACAGAGGGCAUUUUUAGACCUUAUCCAAUAGAUUAGGUGCAGUUUUGGCCCUUCUCCGUAGAAUUUAUACUUGUGAUAGGGGUAAGAUAAUGCUCGUUUAAUACUAAAUUAUUAUUUGAAUCUGUUUACAUGAUUAUUUAUGACAUGACUUAUACCGUUACUGUAUCCGAGAAAGGGCAUUGACAAUACUUUUAAAAUUGUAAACAGACAUGUUUUUAGGCUUGUCACCAUUAAAAAUGGUUGUGGUUAAGCAUUAUUACUCACUAAGCUUGCGACUCACUCCUAGCUAAUGUUUUUUUUCAUAGACAACAGUUGACAUAAAUGAGGAUUUAGCAAGCUAGAACGCACGAGUUGACAGUUCUAAUGAGCCCCACAUUGGUUCGCGUGAGCAAAGAGUUUUUUAUUAUAUUUUUUAUUUUAUUUUUAUUUUUGAGAAUGGUAACAUGAGCAUAGAGUUUUAUUUGUUAUCUUCCUAUUUUUUAAAAUUUUAGAGUCACUCCGUUAGUCAAUUUUAUAUGCAGUUUGUGUUGUUCAUUUGUUUAGUUAGUUCAUGCGUAUCUUGGCUUUUAUGAACCUAUGAUUUCGUGUUAGACUUUCUUACCGUAUCUUGGAGAUGAACAAUCAUGUUGUGUUGCAAACAAAUGGUGGCUAUGGAUUGUUUUUGUUGGGUAUUGGUUGUGCUGAUGAUUUGUGAGGCUGGAAAAUUUUUGGAUAGUCCUAAAAAUAUGAGAGAUUAUGUCCAAUUUUCUGUAAGAUACCAGGGCUUGUUUGGGGCGCUAGCUCCUAGGCGCUGGUCACAGCCCUAAAAUGGGCCAUGACAUAGACCUCCAUUUCUCUCAACCUCACUGUUGCACUCACUCCUCCCAUCGCAGGUGGCGCCGCAUAGCGCGCGCUCUCUCUCUCUCUCUCUGCCUUUUUCUUAAUAAGAGUGGUAUCCUAGCUAGCUUGUGUGCAUCUCGCCUAUUCUACCGAUUACCUACGACCUCCCAUCAGCAUAAUUGAAUCCAUUAGUAAUGCCAUAUUUGAUAACAGAGUUGGGUUGGUUCACAUUCCUUCCAUAGACAGAAAGUAUACCAGUCAGUUUUAGAUGGAAAAAGUAAUCUAGAACUACAUGUGAAUUGUAGAAAGAUGGGGGACUGUUAGUGCUCGGCCUCAAAGUAUAGGGAUUAUUUUGAGUGGAAGUUCACAUUUAGAGGACUAUUUUGGGCCUUUUCUCCAUUUUGCAUGUGAGAAGAGCGCGUGAGAACAAAACAAAACAGCUCAAAACACUGUAUUUUUGCCAUAUAGCUUUCCUUUUUAUAAAGGUGUUUUCCUACAUUUUUAAUUUUCUUUUUACGUUUUCUUAUUCUUUUCCUUUUCUUUUCGUUUUCUCUCCUUCUCACCACCAUUCUCAAUGCCAGAAACCUAGGCCGGAGGAAACUUUUCCGGCAAUCUUCAAAACAUAACAUAUAUAUCUUUGAGUUCACUCUCCCAUAAGCUUUUCUUCGAAGUUCAAAUUCAACCAUUUUCUUCUUGAUUAUUGUUCCCUCUCAAUAACCAAAAUCCCAAAUCCAUUUACAAAGAGAUGCCAUCAAUACCCGAAGACCCAUUUCUAGCUCCAAACCAGAUCGAUUAUGUAUGCUCCCUCAAAAUCCACAAAUAUGGGAAAUAAGAAAAAAACAGAGGCCACUUUUUGGAUGGCAAAGGAAGUAGAUCUCUCUCGAAAAAAUGGUGAGAAUGGGGAGGAAGAAUCAGAGGGGUUAAUGGUGGUGAGAAACGGGGUUACGAACAGGGUUUUUUUCUUUCUUUUCAUCUUUAUUUCUUUCUUUUAUAAGGUCAAAACAAUAAAAAGGAGUAGGAUGAUGGAAAAGAUGGAAUGGAAGAGGGAUGGGUUGACUGUGAAAUGGGUUUAUCGGGAAAGGGACGGGGGUGUGCUAUAAACAAAUACAUUUUUUUUUCUUCUUGUUUUUUUCCUUUUUUUGAGUAAUACCUUUUUUUAGUAUUUUUACAUGGGUCGGUGUGUGGUCAUGACUUGCCAAGUUUAUAGUGGUGUUUGCUGCGUAAGAGGUACUAACACAUAUUGGAACUACUUCAGGGGGCGCUAGAACCCCCCGCAAACUUACAGUGUUUUCUUGAAAAUCACGGACUAAAACAUAGUACAAACUAACAAGUAUCGCCUACAUAGAUCUCUUCUUCCAUUGCUCCAUAGUUUUCGCUAGGUCUGCAUGGAUUCCUAUGGUGUUUUGAGACAACUCCCUUCCAUGUAAUUUUAGAUCUACCCCAUCUCCUUUUAACAUCAUCACUCUAUGCCAUGCCUUAGGAUUUUUUUUAUUUUUUAAUGUUUUUUAUAAAUAUUAUUCCACAGGUUUUCUCCCAAAAACCACUUUUCAAAGUCAGGCACUCUCAGCAUAAAGAGUUUAGCAUGGCUUUAAUCACAGUGAUGGUAGCUACUGCCUUUUUCUUGUUACUUUCUUGGGGGGAGAAAGGGCAUGCAAUACAGGCUAAUGUGACUGUAGCAAAAGAUGGCAAUGGAGACUUCAACACUAUCAUGGCUGCCAUCUUGGCCGCCCCAAACUACAGUACAGAGAGAUAUUACAUAAAGGCGAAUGAAGGAGAAUAUGAUGAGUAUGUAGUCAUUGAGAAACGAAAAGAAAAUAUAGCCCUAAUUGGUGAUGGGAUAGAGAAGACCAUCAUAUCCGGAAACAAGAGUCACGGUGAUGGAUUUAAAACCUGGGAUACUGCAACAGUAUUGAAUGCCAAAGGUUUCAUGGCACAAGGUCUGACCAUCAGAAAUUCAGCGGUGCCAGAGAAGGAACAGGCAGUUGCACUAAAGGUUAAUGGGGAUCAAUGUAGCUUCUAUCAAUGCCGGUUUGAGGGCUAUCAAGACACAUUAAACACACACUUUGGCCAUCAGUUUUAUCGGGAUUGCGAGAUUGUUGGAACCAUUGAUUUCAUAUUUGGAGAUGCAUUGGCUGUCUUUCAAAACUGCAACAUCACUGUACGCAAGCCGCUUGACAAGCAGUAUAACACAAUAACGGCACAAGGUAGGACACUAGAGACAAGACCAACGGGUAUAGUCCUGCAAAAUUGCACAAUACAAGCUGCACCAGAUUUGCAGCAAGAGGAGAGAAUAGUCAAAACUUACAUGGGAAGGCCAUGGGGCAAUUUCUCUCGUACAGUCGUCAUGCAAACCUUCCUUGGUGAUCUUAUUGAUCCUAAAGGCUGGGUCCAAUUUGAUGAUCAGCCACUCAUCAGACCAUUCUAUCUAGAAUUUAGAAACAGAGGACCAGGAUCUACUACAUCAGGGAGGGUUAAGUGGGCAAAGGUGACUGACAACUCCACAAUAGCAUCGACCUAUACAGUCAGACAAUUUAUCCAGGGACAAAAAUGGAUUCCCUCAUCUAUUCCCUACUUUUUAGGUUUACUAUAAAUGUACAUCUACUCUCAAUGCAGUAGUGGAAAUUUCUAUGUAAAAAGAGAUACUACUGUGGCCUUAAAAUGAAACUUAUAAUACAUUAAGGGUGUUAGGAAAA